AUGAAGCGCCCUCUUGCCGGAGCGAUUUCCUACAUUCUACUUAACGCCAUCGUCAAUGGUUUGUGCAUUUUGAUGGUUAUUUACAUGCAGUGCUAUGUCUGUCUUCAUUAGGAAACCACAUACUGUAUUCUAAGAAUAGAUACCAGCAUUGAAUAAUCUACACAUUCACUAAUACGUUUGAGUGUAGUCAAACACGGGUUGGUCGGGGCAAGCAGGCAUGGCGCGAAUUUUGCCUGCGGUUACUUUAAGAGCUUUUGCGAAAAUAAAGUUAGCUUAUAGAAUGCUUUUUUUCUUAAUUUCUAAUUCUCAGUAAACAGAUGCUGAAAACACAGAUGUUUCAAAUCACACACAUAUAACCCCAUGACGUGUAGAAAACCAUAAGCUAAUGGAAUUAAACAACCAAGACUCCAAAAUAUUCGGCAAAUAACUUAAAAUACUAAGGAGGCAUUGCCAUAAAAUUUCUAUGACAUUAUGACGUGUAUUGGUGAUCUCUAAGUUAACAAAUGCACUCAGGCCUAUUUACUUGCUCAGAAGUAAAUGCUUUGCACGUCCAAUCUCUCUGAAUACAUUUGCUGAGCACCGUCAAUUGGAGAGUUAACGCAGGUCAGAGCAAGCAUAGGAAUACAGUAAUCUCAGGAAGCUAGGCUGAUGUUUGGCUUUUUAUGUAAGACAAACUAGCGCUAAUGCUUUUUGUAAAAUAAGAAUUAAAUUAAAAUACGUCUCCGCAGGUAUGGUGAAAGCUAUCGAAAUCGAGCGUGGUUUUCCGACUGCCUGUGGGGUUUCUGCGAUUCAAGGGAAGCUCAGAGUGGAAGCCGCUAGAAUGAAAAUCCGCCCAACGCCCCACAGCUGGCCGUGGCACGUAAGCAACGGACGAUUAAUUAAUAAGUAUAUUUAUUAAUAAAAACCUAAAAAGUAAAAGCCAAGUAUAGUCUGAUAACAUAUGUCUUUUAAUUGACUUGAUCCGUUCAUUUAACAUAAUAUCUGUAUAUGAGAGCACUAAAUUGAUACACCAUUCAGCGGACAGUGACAAAGACCAUCAAUCUUUGUAAGUCAAUCAUUCGCGAAGUUAGUGAAUUCAACUUAAUAAGAACGUGAUUCAAGGGGAAUAUUACGUCCCGUUUCUAACUGCUGCUUCAUGACUUGAAGUCUCGCAAAACCCUAUAUACUUGGAUCGCGGUAUAAAAUUUUCACAAAUUAUUCACUGACUAUUUCAGUCUCCUAGAAUUGUCAUAUGGCUUAGUAACUCAGCGUGACGUAUUGCACUGGCGGGCUUUUCAUUAUAUUUAUCAUCAAUGGUUUUGAUUAAGAGUUAAAAAAUGGUAGAAGUCUUCUAAAAAUGACAGCGUUUGUCACAGAGCUUCGUUCAUUUACCGGUGCGAAAUGAAUGCAGAAUAGCCAAAAGUCUGACCUUAAGUAGCGCAAGCGUAAUUAUUCAUAAACGCGAGUUAAAAUAAGGUUUCAAAUGCUCACGCACGGAUGACAAUCUUAGACCUUCAAUAGUCAUUCCAAGCCAUUUUUAAAAACACCACGCUAGAGGUUUAUCUUCACGUUAGAGCAAAGAUACACCACGUUUGCAGAUUUAAUUCAAGGAUAUCUGGGUGCUACGCAGCAAAUCUGACCCAUUCAAUUUAAAUUUCUGUCAAUUUUCUUUUUUUUAAGGUGGGCCUAUGGUCGCGAGUUUAUGGUGAUCGGCCCUACUGUGGAGGAACACUGAUCAGUCGCUCUCUCGUCCUCACUGCGGCACAUUGCGUUAAAAAUGUCAUUGGUUGCAGAUAUAACCCAUUUGACGGUCUGAUCGACAUGACCAUUACGUCCGAGUACCCGCUUUUUGUGUUGAUUGGUGCUCAUGAUUUCACGCAAGCUGAUCUUUCUCGCCAAUUGCGGCGCGUGCAGUACGUAGCCAUUCACCCGAAAUACAAUGCAACCUUGAAUUUUAGUGGCUACGACAUCGCGAUAUUAAAGUUAUUCGAGCCAAUUAUUCCAGGUAACCCGUUGCAAUACUGGCGUGAAAUUUUGCUAAAUUUAUUAUCAUCUGCUGUGCAAGUAGUAUCGCUAUAAUGCUCCUGCUUUAAUCAUGUAUAAAUUUUUCAAUAUCAACAGUGAUUUUUGUUCAUAGGUUGAAAUAUGGCUAAGCCUGUCGCCGUCAUCGUCUUCCUCCUUUUCUUUUUACCAUUUACCAUUCGCGUAAAUUUCGAUGCGCUCUAGUCAACAUCUUUCUCGAACUUCUAUGAAGAUCACAACAUUUCAUAUCUGUCAGCACAAUUUUCCCUUUAACUUGUCAAGAGGAGCGUGUAUCGGUGCUUUGCUUCCCGAGCGGAGGCGUCGAGCUGCCACUGGGCUUCCCCUGCUACUACGUCGGUUGGGGAAGUAUGAUUACGCCCUGGUCGAAUGGAGAAAGAAGAUUUCCGAAGACGCUGAGGGAGGCCAUAGUAAAAAUAGAGUCGGAUGAACGUUGCCAGGAGCACUAUGGCCAUAACUUUGCUGACAGUACUUCAUGCGUGCUAGCAACAGGCCAGGUAAUUCAUGGAACUUUACAAAUGCUGACACCGGUUUUAACACUUUAUUGGCAAAAUACAGUAAUGCUUAAUUCAUAUGAAUAGUAUUUGUUUUCAGUAUAGCAUUAGGGACAAAGAAAAGGGACACUGGGAUGGCCAGUUCUGUCUUAUCAUUCCUCAUGAUCCCGCCAUACGUGACAGGACGCUUGCAAUUGUAAAGCCUGUAAUCGGCGUCGUGUUGAAUAGAAGUACAAAGUUCGUUGUCCUGUAGGUAACGAUCGGGUGUAAACAAUGUUAGGAGGAUGCGCAUCGGUCAUGUUACGAAACAUACGCUUCCCAUCGUGCCUUUUCGUUCGAGCGUUUAGGGUAUGGCCGACGUACUACAAUGUCGGUAAUACCAUUCUAUCUAUAUAUAAUGAAAUAGUACCGACAAAUACAAGGGCUUACUAGUCGUCGCCAGCCGGUCAUACCUAGCCCCAAGCAUGGAUCACUGAAGAUUCGAACUCGGGAUCUUUGGUUAUAUCGUUUGACACUCUACCACUGAGCCAUGGGCCCGUUGCCCUGCCGAUUGUGGUCGGGAAUAUCAAUUAUGGCAGAUAAGUGUACACCGAUCAGGUUACGAAACAUGCUCGUUCUGUCAUGCUUUGGGGCUCUUACUGGAACCCUGGCAGACAGCCGCGCAGCGACUAUUAGUAAACGUCAAGCGAUAGUACCGACAAAGACAUAAAUGGCCAUUUCAAUCAACAUUGUCUUUGUCGGUACUAUCUCAGUACAUUUACUACUAUUCGCUGUGCGACUGCCUGCUAGGUUUCUAUUAUGAGCACAAAUCACCAUUUCAAUAUAUAUAUAUAUAUAUAUAAAUAUAUAUAUAAUAUUUCGUAUCACAACCGACAGGACAACGGGCCCGUGGCGUAAUUGUAGAGCGUUAAACUCCAUGACCAAAUAUGCCGGGUUCGAAUCUUAAGUCAUCGAAACUUGGGGUUGGGUAUGACUGGUUGAUGAAGGCUAAGAAGCCCGAAAUGGCCAUUCCGGUCUCCCUUGUAUUUGUCGGUACUACUUGAUUUACGUCAUAUAUGUGGAUCACUUGAAAUUCGAACCCGUAUGACUAGCUGAUGACGGCUAAUAAGCCAGAAAUGGCCAUUCCGGUCUCACUUAUUUUUGUCGGUAUCACCUUAUCAACAUAUAUCACUAGUCGCUGUGCGACUGCCUGCGAGGGUUUAAGUAUGAGCCCCAAGGCACAACAGAACGAGCAUGUUCUGUAACCUGAUCGGUGAGCGCCCAUCUGUCAUAUAUAUAUAUAUAUAUAUAUCAAGUGAAUAAUUUGAGAAAUUACUCGGUGCAGGACAUGGAGUUAAAUCUCCGGGACAUGGCUUUUUAGGGUCAGAACCGAACUUUCAAUAAACAUUCAAAUCAAAGACAAUCAACUACUGUGAAAUCACCACGUAAUGCCCAUUCUACAAACAAGUAGUGCUACGAAAAGUGUGAAAUUCAUAUGGUAAAGGUAUUAUACCGUACUCCCAAAACAGAUACUUGCUAAAAGACCAGACACGUGUUUAGCCGAUAUUCUGCCCCGCGUGACACAGCUGCGAGGUGUUCGGCUCUUCGGUGGGACACCCAGCGUUCUCUAGCGGUUUCCGGUAUAUGAACUCCAGAGAAUAAUCAGGUGAAUAAGUUCAGGAAUUAAUCAGUGCAGAACUUGGAGUUAAAUCUCCGGGACAUGACUUUUUAGGGUCAGAACCGAAAUUUCAAUGAACAUUUGAGUCGAAGAUAAUCAACUACUGUGAAAUAACCACGUAAUGCCCAUUCUACAAACAAGUAGUACUAAGAGUAGUAUGAAGUCCAUAUGGUAAAGGUAUUAUACCGUACUCCCGAUGUAGAUACUUGCUAAAAGCCCAGACACGUGCGUCGCCGAUAUUCUGCCGCUGCGUGACACAGCUGUGAGAGGUUCGGCUCUUCAAUGGGACCCCCAGCGUUCUCUAGCAGUCAUGGCCCGGAGAUUUAACUCCAAGUUCUGCACUGAUUAAUUUCUGAAUUUAUUCACCUGAUUAUUCUCUGGAGUUCAUAAACCGGAAACCGCUAGAUAACGCUGGGGGUCCUACUGAGAAGCCAAAUACAUCGCAGCUGUGUCACGCAGGGCAGAAUAUCGGUGAAACACGUGUCUGGGCUUUUAGCAAGUAUCUGUUUUGGGAGUGCGCUAUAAUACCUUUACUUUAUGGAAAUCAUACUACUCGUAGCACUACUUAUUUGUAGAAUGGGCAUUACGUGGUUAUUCCAAGGUAGUUGAUUGUCUUCGAUUUGAAUGUUCAAUGAAAUUUUGGUUCUGACCCUUAAAAGUCAUGUCUGGUAGAUUUAACUCCAAGUUCUGCACUAAUUAAUUUCUGAAAUUAUUCACCUAAUAUACAUAUAUAUAUAUAUAUAUAUAUAUAUCAAUCAGGAAUGGGCGCACACCGAUCUAUUGGCUUCACAAAGCAAACAAGCUCCGUAUGUGUGGCAAAGGUCACGAACAGGCAACCAAUUACCAGGCCGAAGUCGGCCAAGUCAUAAUAGCAGCGAGGAGGGACGACAGAGAAUGCGGGUAGAUUGAUACAGCACUGUUUCGGGCUUAUUCUGCCUUCAUUCAGCCAAUCAUAACCCUGACCACCAGCAGCUGAGACCAGAAACACAAACAUGCGCACAGACGCACCUGGCGCAGUCGGUCCACCACUGAGGCCUACCAGAUGGGUCAUAAGCACUUCAUCGAACCGAAGUUCAUCAGUGCCUCGCCACCUGUCAUUCUCUGUCGCUGCAGAUCGGGUAUUUAUCAAUCAGGAAUGGGCGCACACCGAUCUAUUGGCUUCACAAAGCAAACAAGCUCCGUAUGUGUGGCAGAAUAAGCCCGAAACAGUGCUGUAUCAAUCUACCCGCAUUCUCUGUCGUCCCUCCUCGCUGAUAUAUAUAUAUAUAUAGAUAAUGUUAGGGGGCUCUCACCGAUCGUUCAUACGGAACUCACUCGUUCCGUUGUGCCUUUAUGGACUCACUCUCGAGCCCAACCAGCAGCCGCACAGCGGCGCAUGAUAUAUAGGCAGAAUAGUAUUACCGACAAAGACAAGGGAGACUGGAAUGGCCAUUUCUGGCUUAUUAGCCGUCGUCAGCCAGCCAUACCCAAGCCCGAAGUGUGGAACACCCGAGCCUCGAACUCGCGACCUCUUGGUUUAGAAGUCAACGCCUCUACUCACCGGGCCACUAGCCCGUUGCCCUGUCGGUUUUCGAUCGAGAAUAUACAAUGUUAGGGGGCGCUCACCGAUCGUUCAUACGGAACUCACUCGUUCCGUUGUGCCUUAUGGACUCUCUCUCGAGCCCAACCAGCAGCCGCACUGCGGCGCAUGAUAUACAGGCAGAAUAGAAUUACCGACAAAGACAAGGGAGACUGGAAUGGCCAUUUCUGGCUUAUUAGCCGUCGUCAGCCAGCCAUACCCAAGCCCGAAGUGUGGAACACCCGAGCCUCGAACUCGCAACCUGUUGGUUUAGAAGUCAACGCCUCUACUCACCGGGCCACGAGCCCGUUGCCCUGUCGGUUUUCGAUCGGGAAUAUACAAUGUUAGGGGGCGCUCACCGAUCGUUCAUACGGAACUCACUCGUUCCGUUGUGCCUUAAGGGAUCUCUCUCGAGCCCAACCAGCAGCCGCACAGCGGCGCAUGAUAUACAAGCAGAAUGGAAUUACAGACUCCUUUCCAGUCUCCCUUGUCUUUGUCGGUAAUUCCAUUCUGCCCAUAUAUAUAUAUACAUCAAAAGAAGAGGAGGCGUUCACCGGGAGAGGUGUAUUUGAGGUCUGACGUUUCGGGUAGUCGUUUCUUCUACCCAUCUUCAGAGACUGAGCAGUCGUGCACACAGCUUUCCUUUUUAUGUCGCACUUUGUUCAAAGCCUGGCCCAUCAAUGCCGCCUGAUGGGCCAGGCUUUGAACAAAGUGCGACAUAAAAAGGAAAGCUGUGUGCACGACUGCUCAGUCUCUGAAGAUGGGUAGAAGAAACGACUACCCGAAACGUCAGACCUCAAAUACACCUCUCCCGGUGAACGCCUCCUCUUCUUUUGAUAUGCCACCCGGGAAUCGCAUUUUCACCACUAUUGAUAUAUAUACAUUUAUGGAGCAGGAGUGGUAUUCAUUCCGUGACGAUAUAAUGUAAGAAUUUCUUCGGAAAAUAUCCUGUUUUACUCGUUUUGUCCUCGUUGUCCUGCAGUGGAACUAGUUCAAAUCUACAUUUUCCGAAGAACCUCUUCCUUUUUCAUAUAUUUAUGUGUCUGUUAAGCAGUUCACAAAUGAAAGCUUACUAUGAUGCUUUUCUUUUCAUACAUGCUUUCUACCGAACUACCGAACCAACACACUAAAGUACCGUUUGUACGCUUUAGAGCGCAGGUCCUGGCGACAGUGGCGGCGGACUAUUCUGUCCUUCAUUGGAAGGCGGAGAUUGGUUCUGGUAUGGAAUGAUACAGGCCGGAGCAACUACGACACCGUCAGACUAUGUGGUCGUCACCAAAGUCAAAGCUGUCCACGACUGGGUUAAACUGAAUGCGAUAUCUCUGGGCUUGUAA